ACAUCUGGAAGACCUAUCAGAGGUUCCCCGACCAGAGCUCUCAGCAGUAGUGCCAACACAAAGCCAGAGCAGGCUCCAUACUGGUUCACCCACCGGGUUGAAGUUAUGCUUGUGAUGGCGCUGGUAAUACGUUUCUUGAGAUGAUUCAAGACUCGUAUCUUCACCUGAUACACCAUGGCCUUCAAGUGCCCCCAAAGAUAUUCCGGCCUAUCUGGGAGGCAGAAGACAAAAGUGUCGAGUUGGCUGACGACAUCACAGAUGCAGCGAGUGAUCCUACACCGACCACUGAGAUGGUAGAAAGGGCAGAGAUGCUCAAGUGCAGUUGGCAAGAUCAUGCCAACUUUGCCUUGUUCAUACGGGCUGGGAAGCUGUACAUGGUCUGGUUCAAGCAUUACUGCUGAUGCUGCACCAAGCCACCUGUCCAUCGCUCCAUUUUCCCAUCACUCAUGAACAAGAUCCCGAGAUACUUGAACUCCUUCGCUUCGGGAAGCAACUCCCCCCACAACCCAGAGGGAGCAAUCCACCAGUUUCCGGCAGAGAACCGGAGGUGCUGAUCCGCAUCCCCGCCGCUCCACACUCGGCUGCAAACCGCUCCAGUGCGUGCUGAAGGUCACGGUUUGAGGAAGCCAACGGAACCGAUCAUCUGCAAAAAGCAGAGACGUCAUCCUGAGGUCCCCAAACCGGACACCCUCCUCACCUUGGCUGCACCCUGAGAUCCUGUCCAUGAAUACCACAAACAGGAUCGGAGACAAGGGACAGCCCUGGCGGAGCCCAACACCCACUGGAAAUGUGUCUGACUUUGUGCCAAGUUUGCCGAUACAACUCUCACUUUGGUUGUACAAGGACCAAAUUGCUCGUAUCAGCAAGCCCAGUGCCCCAUACUCCCACAGCACCCCCAACAGAGCCCCGUCGGUGGACACAGUCAUAGGCCUUCUCCAGAUCAACAAAGCACAUGUGGACUGGAAGGUCGACCUCCCAUGACCCCCUCAGCAGCUCUGGAAGAGUAAAGAGCUGGUCCACCAUUCCACAACCAGGAAUCCGAGAUUUGACAAAAAUGUCGGAGCCUCUCUUCCCUUCCAGCACCCUAGAGUCUUUGUAGUUAAUCAGAAGUAAAGCAUGACUGUCAUCACCUAACUCCAUUUCAGUCCAGCCAAUAGUUUUCGAGACAUUGCUCUGAAAAAUGUCAUUGUGCCACCAGAUGUAAAGUCAAGAGAUAACCAAAUUUAAUGUGUUUUAUCCUUUGGUGGCUGUGAAUAUUUGUACAAAAUAGUUACUGAGAGAGCAUCUAGUAUGCAUCCUAUGCCACUGGGCUGCAGCAAAUUCUGAUAAACAGUUAUACCAAGCCAAGGAACAUGAAGCUAAGCUGGAUGACAUCAGUAUAGGUCACAGAGUACAGUCCUAUCAUUAAUGUGUAAAGGAUCUCCACAGAUGAGAUGAGAUUCCCUUUUCUGCCAAGCUGGUUCCAGUGUUCGUUUGGAGCCAUAUCAACAGUUCUUUGUAUUUCUACCAACUUAGCACUUGCUCCAGGCUCCAACAACGGCUUCUAACUCUUUGCUGGGCCAGAGUUCAGAGCCGAAUACGUCACGGGCUGGGGGCGGAGUUACGGUGACCAACGAUCAACGGCAGAAACACAGAACCGCCAUUUUUAAAAAAAAAACAGCGGUGGAGACGCAGUUUGUGUUUUUGCGCAGUGUAGCAAAAUGAAGAGCAAAAGUAAGCACAGUUGGUCAGAAGAGGAGACUCGGUGCUUCCUGGCACUGUGGUCUUCGGAUGAGGUCCAGGAAAAGUUAGAGGGAGCCACUCGAACCAAACCGGUGUUCAAAAAUAUCCAGCGGGAGAUGGCUGCAGCCGGGUACCAGCGGAGCCUCGACCAACUGAUCAACAAACUGAAGAAACUCAAAGUGGAAUACAGGAACCAAAGAAUGGAGCCGAGACGCAGCGGCAGUGGUCGACCGAAAAGGAGUCCCUAUUUUGACCUGCUGCAUUCAGUGCUUGGAGACAGACCGGCGAAACAAGCAAGGUGGUCUCUGAAGUCCCCCACAGCCUUGCUGGAGUCGAUGGUCGACGGGUCCUCGGUGCAGACCCCCGACCCUGAUCCUGACACACGCUUGUGUUCUUGGUCAGAUACAGAGGUCCAGGCAUUGUUGACGCUUUGGGCAAGUCCUGAAGUUCAACAAGAGCUUAUCUUCAGCAUGAGAAAUGAGAAAGUUUACACUUACCUCAGUGCCAAACUCACAUCACUUGGAUUUAACAAAGAACCAAAGAAGUGCAGGGAGAAAAUUAAAAAACUGAAGCAGUUGUACAAGAGGAUCAAGAACGGCCAUCACGUGGGUGGCAGUGGCAGUGUCUGGUUUUCCAUUAUGGAUGAAGUCCUCGGUUCCCAGACUGCAGCAGUGAAACAUUCAGAAACAGCAGAUCCUUCCUCCACAGAGUCCUCACUACCCACUCAGUCAGUUCUCUUGGAUGUCAACACGGAUGAUGAAUCCCUGUGGCUGCCAGAUGAAAUCCAAGUGCUGAUGACCCUCUGGGCACAACCCAACAUUCAGGAACUGCUUCUCACCUCAGCAGCCAACAAUGGAGUUUUCACGUAUCUCAGCAGUGAACUGGCUUUGGUGGGAUUUACCAAGACGUCACAUCAGUGCAGUCUGAAAGUGAAUAACCUUAAAGAGGAGUACAAAAGAAUCAAACAAUUGGGACUAUCUGGGGAUGUUAAAGGUGACUGGUUUAUUAUUUUGGAUAGUGUCCUCUGCCCUGAUGGAGAGAAGUUGAAAGAGAAGGAUUCAUCUAUGGUGCUAACAGAACCUAAAUCACCAGAAGACAAGCAUGUGAAUGAGCAAGCUGUUUGGACGUCAGAUGAAGUGAAACUGCUGCUCACUAGAUGGGCAGAAGAGAGCGUCCAGCAGCAGCUCAGAUCCACUAAGAGAAAUGAGAGAGUGUUCGCUCAGCUGAGCUCAGAACUGGCCACUCAGGGCUUCGAUAAGACCACCAGCCAGUGCAGGUCAAAAAUACAACUGCUGAAACAAAAGUACAAAAGGAUUAAGGAGCAGAAGGACUCUAAAAAGCAACAAAGCAGAUGGUUUGUAAUCAUGGAUAAAGUCCUUGGCAGCUGCAAGUCAGAGGUUGUAGCAGCUGAAGGCACAGAUCUGGAGCAUCCAUCUCUGCAGGCAUCACAGCAACACAUACCUGAAACAGCAGAAGGUUGCCAUUUGUCCAUCUCCUCAUUGUGUCUUCUGGUUCCACACCUGCGUCUGAUGAGUGCCUUUGCCUGGCAGGUGGUCCAGUGUCGUAAUGUGGUACAUUAUGGAAAGGUGGAGGAGCUGGUGAGGUUGGUGACGGAGUUAGUUCCAGAGCUUCUGACUCCCAGAGAGAAAGUACAGCUCCUGCUCAGACUACGAGCAAGGCUUGUGCUGGAGUUGUGUCUCAAUGAGAGCACAGCCAACCUGCUGAAUAUCCAGCCCCACCUGAAGGUCAUUGAAGACCUCACAAUAAGCUGCAGCUCUGAUCAGGAGGAGUUGGAGGAGUUGGAAGAAUCAAAGUCGAACUUUGUGGAGGUUGUUCAUACUUUGCUGGAGGACACGGAUGAGCUAAAGAUAUUUUUCAAGGAAGUCUUUCCCAUCCACUAUGGCCAAGAAUAUGAAGUCACAUUGCACACAUUGGUGUGGAAAUUUAUCUCCAGACUGGACAAUCUGUUGCCUAUCCCUGAUAUUAAGCAGACUGCAGAGUGGCUCAGCACCAGUCCCUCUAUUAUGGAGGAAUGUGAACGGCUUGUUUUGGAACCAAAUCAGCUGAAGGCGCUACUUCACUUCCAUCAGCAACAGUCAGGAAACACAAACCAAUGCUUCUCUCAAGCACAGAAUAUGUUUUUGCCUACACUGUCUCUUCACUCCAAAGCAAACUGGAAGCAGCUUGCUUCAGAGCAACAGGAAAUGUUAACAGAUGAUGAAGAGCAGUUUGAUUACAGUGAAGAUGAAGAGCCAGUGGAGGAAAACCAACAUGACAAUGAAUCAACUGUGGAGGACUGUAGUAAAGGAAAUGAAGACCUGACAUUAAAAGAUGAACAAAGGAAUGGCAUGAUGACUGCAACUGCCCCAAAUUUAAAUCAUGCCUCUGUACACCUUCAGACCUGCUCACUGUGUCCGUACUCUGACAACAAAGUGUCAGAACUUCUGAACCACAUCAGAAAGGAGCAUCUGAUCCAGGAGCCUACCGGUCUUUUCUCUGCAGAACCUGGAGAAGACGUCCUUCAGAAAGUCAACUCUCAGAUGCUCAAGAGCAAAACGAACACUUGUGAGUAUUGUGGGAAAGUCUUCAAGGAUGUGGCAACACUGAAAACACACAUUAAAACACACAUUCCGAUAUACCACUGCGACAAGUGUGACAAGAAAUACUCCUCCAAGGCGGCACUGAUUGUGCACCAGCGGAUUCACACGGGCGAACUUCCGUAUUUGUGUUCGCACUGCGGCCGCGGCUUCAGGUCUUCACAUAUGCUCCAGCUGCACGUUCGUACACACACUGGAGACCGGCGCUACACAUGUCACAUUUGUGGGAAGACUUCAGUCCAGCAUCUGGCAAGACACAUGCGCAUGCACAGAGGAGAAAAGAACUAUCUGUGUUCUGAAUGUGGGAAGACUUUUCUCUCCUCUGGGGAGUUAAGGCUGCACACAAGGUACCACACUGGUGAGCGACCUUACACAUGCAAACACUGUGGGAAAAGUUUCACUGCAAAAUGCCAUCUGAUGGUUCACACACGCCGACAUACAGGAGAGAGUCCGUACAGGUGUUCGCUGUGUCCAAAAUCCUUUUGCACUCUGAAAACACUGAAAAAGCACAUGAUGAUUCACUCGAACCAAAAGUCUUUUCAGUGUUUAAAGUGUGGUAAAAUAUUCAGGCACGAGGAAACUUUUAAAAUGCACAGUGAGACUCACAAAUGAUUAAAUGUGAAACUAGUUUAAAGUCAUUCUGCAGUUGGAUUCAACAAAUUCUCGUGACUGCUGACUCUGAUCAUUUCUCUUCUUCCAUCAUACUACACUGGAGAAGAAUGGACUUUUGUUUAUGCUACCCUCAAUCCUGAAAACUUGAUAAGCAUUUAGCAGUCUGCAACUGAACUAUCUUUACCAAAGAAAUAGUCCCUUUUACUUAUUAACUCACCCUGUGAGAUGUUGACGUCAUUUCAGGCUUAAACAAAGUGGAGAUUUCACUUCGACUGCUCACUGGAACGUUCAGACUGAGGGCUAAUAUUAUAUAACAUGUCACUGCCAUGAAUAUUUAGUAAUUCUACUACAUGAAAGUGACUCAACAGUGAGAACUGUCUUUUCUUGGCCUGAACAUUAAGCCUUAAUGUGUCUUGACUUGUGAAUGUAUCGUUUUUAGACAGAAAAGACUAAUUGUACUAAUUACAGAUUGAAGAGGACACUAGCCCAAUUUUUUUAAAAUCCGUUUUUGUCAAACUGAGCCAAAAACAUCUCAGCCUUUUGCUGCACAGUUGUUGCUUCUUCUAUGGCAGUAUAUUACUGCCAUACUUUUCAUGCAGUGCCCCAAAACUGCCUUUUUCCAAACUUGAGGAUCCAAAAUGGCUCAUAGGUAGUCUUUUUACUGGGCUCCCUCGACCUCUAAGUGUGAUGGCAAAUGGCUUCUGGUGAUUCCUUCACUAUCCGUUGUGUUUGUGAUGUUGUAUGUGUUGUGUAUGUGGGAAUACACUGAAAGCUUCUACCCUCUGAUGUCCAAGCAGUUCCUGGGUGUUUUUUUGUUUUCUUAUUAUUUUUGUUUUAUUGUUACUCAAUGUAGGCUCUCUUUUCACUGCAAUACAAAGUCCUGGACCUAUGUGGAAACAACCCAACAGUGACAAAUAUGUCUCUUGCAUUGUGACAAAAGCGCAAGAAUCAUAAAAAAAAAGUUGACUUCCUUGUAUUUCGUUCAUAAUUUCUUUAUUCAUUGUUUUUACAAAAAUGGAAUAAAUCUGAAGAGCUGA